AUGGCGGACGAACCGCGAUCUCGUCUUGCCCCGAUCCAUACACGUAAUUUGAGUACGGCCACCGUGGAAUCCGACAGCUCAGACAGUUCUCCAUGUCCUGGCGACGAUGAAGACACCGAUUACUUCAUGGCACAUGCCAACGACUCGCAGUCCUCCCUUGGUGCCAUUACGGCUAUUCGCGACUGCGACAGCGAUGUCGACCUUGAACAAGUUCAUCGUCUCUCCCCCAUAUCCAAGUUACCUCCCGAAAUCCUCAUUGCCAUCCUGGCGAAAUUGACCACGACAUCCGACCUGCGAAACUGUAUGAUGGUGUCAUAUCACUGGGCCAUGUACACAGUAGGCAUUUUGUGGCAUCGCCCUUUGUGCAACAAGUGGGCAAACCUGCUCAACGUUGUGGCGGCUUUAGGAAAGGGUGACAAGAGCUAUUUUCCAUACCAUGAGAUGGUCAAGAGAUUGAACCUGUCUGCGAUUGCAGACAAGAUCAACGACGGGACAGUUCAGCCAUUCAUGAAUUGCAAGGGUAUCGAGCGCCUGACGCUGACCAACUGCUCGAAUCUGACCGACUUUGGUGUCGCUGGCCUAGUGGACGGCUGCAGGAAGCUUCAAGCACUUGAUGUUACAGAUUUGGACGCCCUGACGGACCGUACUCUCCACGUCGUGGCACAGAAUUGCGCAAAAUUGCAGGGUCUCAACAUCACCAAUUGCUCCAACAUCACCGAUGAGUCUUUAGUGGAGAUUGCCGAGAAUUGCAGGCAACUCAAGAGACUAAAACUGAAUGGCGUGGUGCGAGCCACAGACCUAUCCAUUACGGCGGUUGCGAGGAAUUGUCGAUCAAUUCUAGAGAUCGACCUCGCUGGCUGCCAUUCCAUCACCUCGGAAUCUGUCACUGCACUACUCUCCAAUUUGUCCCACCUCAGAGAGCUACGCCUGGCUCAUUGUAUCGACAUCAAUGAUUCGGCCUUUACAAAUCUCCCUCCACGCCUUUCCUUCGAUGCUUUGCGGAUUUUGGAUCUGACGGCUUGCGAACAAGUCCGAGAUGAUGCUAUUGCAAGGAUCAUUCCGGCCGCGCCUCGUCUGAGAAACUUGGUAUUGGCCAAGUGUAGACACAUUACGGAUCGCGCCGUGGCCUCGAUUUGUAAACUGACCAAGAAUCUGCAUUACAUUCAUCUAGGACAUUGCAUCAACCUGACGGACAAUGCAGUCAUUCAACUAGUGAAGGCUUGCAACCGAAUUCGAUAUAUUGACCUGGCAUGUUGCUCCCGGCUCACGGACGCCAGUGUUCGUCAUUUGGCACAACUCCCGAAGCUUCGCAGAAUUGGUCUGGUGAAAUGUCAGAACUUGACGGAUGCAAGCAUUAUAUCACUUGCUAAAGGUCCCCUCGUGUUCAGCCCGGGUGGGAAGAUCGGACCGCCUUCACAGUUCGUAUCGCUUGAAAGAGUCCAUCUCAGCUACUGUGUAAAUUUGACGCUCAAGGGUAUUACGGCACUUCUUCAUCACUGUCCUCGGCUGACCCACCUGUCGUUGACGGGCGUUCAAGCAUUUCUCCGCGACGACUUGACCUGCUUCUGCCGCGAUGCUCCGGCCGAGUUCACACACCCCCAAAGAGAUGUAUUUUGCGUCUUUUCGGGAGACGGUGUCCAACGGCUUCGUGAACAUCUCCUGCGUCUUGCUAUGGACGAAGCGCAGCGAGAAGGCCGGGACGCGAUUGACGAGAGUUUGCUUGAUGAAGCGGACAGCCCGGGCGCUGACACAAUGUCGGAUGACGGUACGAUUGACGGAAACGAACACUUGAUGGAUCCUGUGUUGUAUGCUCAUCGUCACGGCUUGUCCUUACCCAAUACACAUCAACCACGACCCCGAACUCGAAGUCUACACGAGUAUUCCAGCUUUCACGUUGAGAUGCCACUUCUGCCCUUUGAUCAGGUGCAACCGAUGGGCCCAUGGACGCCUGCUGCAACCCUGCCGCCUGACUUACGCACCACCCAAGCCUCGGCACACCAAAAUCUUGCCAAUUCUAACAGCCUCUAUCAGCCAGAGCCAUACGAGCGUCGAUCGCGGAGCCCUGGGUAUUCCAACGCAUUUGACGUGGCGGCGGAAUAUGGUGAGCGUGCAAGGAGCACAUCUCGCACGCCAUCACGGCGACAUACCUUGGAGUCAACGUCAAGUUUCUACGUACCUCCUUCUGUUCCGGUGCCAGGAACUGGAGAAGGCGCUUCUCGGCCGCUCGAACUGGGUCACUAUUCUCAAGAUCCGAGAGCAGGAUAUUUCGGCCAGGACUAUCCGCCGAGAUUGUCCGGCUGGUCAAACCCAAACCCACAUUUGUUUGCAUCAGAACCGCCUCGGAGGCAUAUCCCAGGGGCAUCAUUCAGAAACCCUGCCGAUGUGCGGCAGUCUUUCUUGCGACCUGAGCCAGGCUUCAGCGCCUUUGAUGCUAACCACGAAGCAAUCAUGUCAACUAUUCCAGGUAGUCGGCCAGGUAGUCGACAUCCGUCACGUUCCAACAGCCCUCAUCUAUCCAGGGUGAACAGCCGGUCGAGAUUGAGUAACCUGCUGGCGCCUCCCCGGAGCUACUCGUCAACUCCUCUCAGUCAAGCAGAAGGUCCAAGACGCAGCAGUCGGGAGCGGCGAAGCCGGGAAAGGUCUCUCUUGGAGGAAGAAGCACAGCGUGAAGCAAUGCUGCGGGCACUCGCAGAAGCCGACGCUGCCGAUCAGCUGAGACCGGACCUGCCACGAAGUGAAUCCGACCGGCAGAUUGAACUACCAUUGCUACCUCCUGAUCUAAUAGAACGAGUGACUCGGUCGUCCUUUACACGGACAGAACAAACACCCGGAAUUCGUUUUGAGGUAGAGGACGCCGAGCCUACUGUUGACCCGGACCAGGAUGUUACAAUGACACAAUAG